AUGAGUACAGCAGUCGACAAGCAAGAGCUUUUUCGCCUCGGAGACUGGAUGCCCACAGACCCCAGCGUCCAGCAAGAAUGGCUCGCAAAGGUUGUCACUGAUGCAGACAACAAUCCUGACGACCUCCACCCCGUCCUCCGUGAAUUCGGCGAACUCAUCGAGUCCGACUCCGUCGUGAACGACCUCUUCAUCUCGACUUUCAAAGAACUCCCGAACAAAACCCUCUUCAGCACCAGACAAUCCUCGAAAUCCCCUCCAAUCCGGGACUACAAGCAUUUUCUACAAGUUCUGAACAAGCUUCUCAUGACUGCACCGACAUGGACUGACGUGAACAACCGAGUCGGGGUGGUGGGGAUGCCGAUCAACGCGGUCCUCGACUGGCCGCUUGGCGCCUCGAGCGGACUCACGACGUUUCUCAACCCCGCCGUGAACGGUAUGAUAAAGAAGGUUCUUACAGCAUGGGGACAAUUUCUCAAGUCACCCGAGUCGGCGACUGUCCUGAACGACACGGCGACCGGGUGGUUAGGGGAGUCGGCCAUGAAGGCACUCACGGAAGCGGCGAACGUGAACGGGAAGAAUUACGGGUUUGACGAGGUGUAUGUUUGUGAUGCAGCGGAGGUAUAUUAUGGGUUCAAGUCUUGGGAUGCGUUUUUUACGAGGGCGUUGCGGGAGGGCGUGAGGCCUGUUGCGGGGGCGGAUGAUUCGAAUGUUAUUAUUAACCCGUGCGAGUCGAGGCCAUAUAGAGUCGCUCAUGGCGUUGGUGGUGGUGAGAAGUUUGAUGUCAAGGGUACGCAGUAUUCUCUGCCGAAGAUGCUGGGGGACGAUCAACUUGCGCAGCCGUUUAUCGGUGGUACCGUGUACCAAGCUGCACUCAGUGUCCUGGGCUAUCACCGCUGGCACGCACCGGUUAGUGGAAAAGUGUCAAAGACAUACAUUAUUGAAGGCACAUACUACGACCAAAACUGCAUCAAUACCGGGGGCAGUUUCCUCUCCAAAUUACCCGGAGCAAGCUUCUUCGGACAAGGACAAGAUGCCGACCCCGAACCUACGGAUGUCACGGCCACAGCCACACGAGCGGUAAUCCUGAUCGAUUCUGAUAAUCCGAAGAUUGGACAAGUAGCUUUCCUGGCAGUCGGACUGGCAGAGGUAUCAACAUGCGAUAUUAAGGUCAAUGAAGGUGACACUGUGAGCAAAGGAAGCGAACUUGGAAUGUUCCACUACGGUGGAUCAACUCAUUGUUUGAUUUUCGGGCCAAAAACCAAUCUCCGCUCUUUGCCUUCGGAGUUGGGGGAUACUUUGCCUGUCAAUGAGCAGUUGGCGGUUGUUUCUUAG